CCAGCCAGGGUGCCUUUGUUAACCAGGGAGGGAGCGGCCGCGGCAAUCCCAGCUGCGGGCUUCGCUGAGCGGUCCCCGGUUACCAGAUUGGGGUCGAGAUGUCGUACAUCCCGGGCCAGCCGGUCACUGCGGUGGUGCAAAGAGUUGAAAUUCACAAGCUGCGUCAAGGGGAGAACUUAAUCCUGGGCUUCAGCAUUGGAGGGGGCAUCGACCAGGAUCCCUCCCAGAACCCCUUCUCGGAGGACAAGACAGACAAGGGCAUUUAUGUCACACGGGUGUCCGAAGGAGGCCCUGCUGAAAUUGCUGGCCUGCAGAUUGGAGACAAGAUCAUGCAGGUGAACGGCUGGGACAUGACCAUGGUCACACACGACCAGGCCCGGAAGCGGCUCACCAAGCGGUCGGAGGAGGUGGUGCGCCUGCUGGUGACGCGGCAGUCGCUGCAGAAGGCCGUGCAGCAGUCCAUGCUGUCCUAGCAGCCCGCCAGGCUCCCUGGCUCGUGUCUGUCUGUACAGCGACACUACUUCCCACGCGCUAUCUGUCCCACGUCCUGCCGCAGCUGAUCCCAGAGGUCUGAUCCUGCCUCCCUGUCACACUCCCGCCCCCAGCCCGAGGCCUCUGGGACCAGCUGGCUCCCUCGGAAACUGAGGGCUGGGAAGAAGGGUCUGGAGCCCAGUGGCUGCCAGGCUGCAGGGACCCUAGGCUCAGCCCCCAGACCCUGCUGCCUGCACAGCAGUGCCCCAGGGAAGCCGGAAAGACUUCCUAAGAGCUGCCAAAGCUAGGGAAGGCUGGUGGGGGGGACGCCUUUCCCACCCUGCCCUGCCUCCCGUGUCACCUCCGCAGUGCCUGUGCCCCACACUUUCUCCGUGUUGUCCACUAGGGGCUGGCCCCAUGCUGCGAGAGGCACUGGGAAGGCCUGCCCCAGGGGAGGCAGGCAGGCCCCUUGUUCACCCCACUUCCCAGGGGUGGCCUCCCUGGGGCCUGCCUGCCUGCAGGAUGUAGCAGAGGCCUGAGGUGAACAUCUCAGGAUUGCCACUGUCCUCCACGCCUGUGGGUUUAACUUUUGUAUUUUUUUAGUCACAACUUUGAUACAAAGCCUUUUUAUCAUACUGUUUGGAGAUGCCCACUCUGCUCUGUAAUUUAGCUUACUAAUUCACAUCUGGGGCAGCUCCUAGCAAGUGGACCAGCCUCACUCUGGUUACCAUGGAAACGGGGCUGGAGGCCACUGUUCCACCCCUUCCGUCUGCCCAAUAAACAACGCUGGAAUCCAUGA